AUGCUCACCUGCGCCGCGCUGUCGGCCGCAGUGGCAGUCGCCGCCCUGGCGCCCGCCAACGCGCUCACGAACCUCAAGACCGACUGGGACGCCUAUGUCAGCGCGCUGCCCAUUCCGGACGUCAUCGACCUGACGGCCGGCGGCUCCAUCGACAUGCAGAUCGGCCGCGCCACGCACAACUGGACGGAGGACGGCUCGCUCUCGGGCGACAUCUACGGCUACGCGCUCAAGAACUCGACCCCGACGAUGCCCGGCCCGACCAUCAAGGUCGCCAGGGGCGUGCCGAUCUCCAUCACGUGGUACAACGAGCUGUCCCAGCCGCACCUGUUCCAGAACUCGGUCGAGGACUCGCUCAACAACGUCGAGUCGGCGUGCUACCCGUACUGCGGCGUGCCGGUGGUGACCCACGUCCACGGGCUCGAGUCCCCGCCCGAGUACGACGGACUGCCGUACCGGUCGAUCUACAAGAACCAGUCGCAGGAGUUCCACUACUACAACAACCAGUCCGCGUCCACCAAGCUCUACCACGACCACUCGAACGGUUUGACCCGCCUCAACACGUGGGCCGGGCUCAUGGGCGCCUACAUCAUUACCGAUGACGAACUGGAGGCGUCCAUCAACAUGGACAUCGAGACGGACAUUCCGCUGGUGCUGACUGACCGUCUCAUCAACACGACGGGCGAGCUGCUUUACUCGGACGACAACUGCAAUGCCGGCGCCACCGAGUGGGUGCCCGAGUCCUUCGGCAACGUGAACCUGGUGAACGGCGUGAUCAUGCCGUACGUCGAGGUGCCGCCCGCCCAGGUCCGCUUCCGCCUGAUCAACGUGGCCAACGCGCGCCACUACAACAUCACCGUUCCGUUCGAGGACAAGUGCCAGAUCGUGGCCACCGACUCCGGAUUCGUGCACAAGCCCGAGUCCUUCAGCGACUACCUCGUGCUCUUCCCGUUCGAGCGCAUCGAGUUCGUCUGCGACUUCACCAACGACACGAAUGGCACAACCUACAAGCUUAUCGACAACGAGACGGCGGACCAGCCGACGGCUUAUGAUGAGCGCAUCAUGCAGAUCCGCGUGGUGUCGAGCCUCAAGACGGACACGAUGGAGUACCGUGAGAUCCCAUCGACGCUUGUGACGUACAAGUCGCUCAAGGAGCUGUACGAGGCCGGCGGAAAGGAGCGCACAGUCAUCCUCGGAGAAAUGGACACGGCGCUGCAGUGCCCCCUGUACGACAUGAUCAUGUACCGAUCGCAGCAGAUCAACAUGACGAGCAUCACGGGCAGUCUGCACUGCACCAAGGGCACGGUGGAGAAGUGGAACUUCCAGAACCCCACGGACGACCCGCACCCGUUCCACUGGCACUUGGUGAACGCCCAGUGCGGUGACACGGAAGAAACUAUCGACACGAACCACCUGAAGGACGUCGCCAAGAUCCCGAAUGCCGGUGACCGCGCCACGGACACCAUCACCCAGGUCUGCUACGUGGCCUGCACCCCCGACGAGUACCUCAUUGCGAACAGCACCCGUGGCGCCAAGGACUACGGAUUCGACACGACGGAGCCGUACGUGGCCCACUGCCACAUCCUGGAGCACGAGGAGAACUCGAUGAUGAGCUGGUUCAAGAUCAUGGACGUGGACGACGGAUACGCCGACGACAACGGCAUCACUCCUGGCACGGAGAUCACCAACACGGUUAUCGCCACUGCCAUGGGCAUGAGUGUGCUGGGUGGCAUUGCCACGACGCUGUCGGUGCUGGUGAUCUCGGUGGAGCGUCUGAAGUUCCUUGCCGACCCGCGCUCGCUCUCCAUCGCCUUCGCGUUGUCCGCUGGUGUCAUGAUCUUCAUCGCCUUCGCGGAUCUGUACGCCGAGGCCCUGACCUACUACCGUGCUGCGUUCACCCCUGGCACGACGGACCCCGAGGCUUACGAGCACGGAGGAAGCACCACGUCUACCGGUGUUUGUGACGACACGUGCAACGGUAACACGUACCUGGCGGCCACGGGCGUCUUCUUCGUCGGCAUCGCGAUCAUCCUGUUGGUGGAGUGGCUGGUCCACUCCGUCUUCGAGCGCAAGGACCGAGCUGCUGCUGCUGAGGCUGCGGCCAAGGCGGAUCAGGAGGACGGUGACAAGGCUCGCUUGGCGGAGGAGGGUGGUGACAAGGCCAACAUUGUGCACAUUGCGUCUCCCGUGCCCGGCACCCCUCUGCCAAACGAUGGAGCCCACGAGCUCGCCAGUCCUGCUGGAGAAGAGUCGGCGGCUCUUAUCGAGGAGAGGAAGGUGAAGGAAGAGUACCGUCGUGCGGGUGUGCUGACGGGUAUUGCUAUCGCCAUUCACAACUUCCCCGAAGGCCUGGCGCUGUUCGUGUCGUCGCUUGCCGGUCUCCGCACGGGUAUCGUGCUGUCCGUGGGUAUCAUUCUCCACAACUUCCCGGAAGGUGUGGCUGUGGCCGCGCCCGUGUACUACGCUACUGGAAGCAAGGUGGAGGCCUUCAAGUGGACGAUCAUCAGUGGUUUCGCGCAGGUGCUCGGCGCUGGCAUCGGCUGGGCUGCUGUUUCGGGCGGCAUGAGCUACGCUCUGGAGGCCACGCUGUACGCUCUGGUGGCUGGUAUGCUGGUGUGUAUCACCGCGAAGGAACUGCUGCCGGGCGCCUACAAGUUCGACCCGAGCGGAAAGCUGUUCGUGCCGUCCUUCUUCAUCGGUAUCGCCAUUAUCGCGCUGAGUUUGGUCGCGCUCAACUACGCUGGAUCAAGCUAAGUGUAGAAGAACCCAAUCUUUUUAAACGUAACGAGAUGAAUGCAAAGUCUGUGUCAAUUG